AUGGCUAUGGCUUUUAUCGGUAACAUCACCAGCGCCUUACAUCAGGAAAUGCAAAACGGUGCCGAAAAUGCAAGCACCCAUUCCAACUUCAGCCUUGUAACCAAAGCACCCCCUGCCAUACAACCAACGGUCCCCGAGUACCUGAAGCAGACGGUCUUCAUGUGUGACCACGUGCUCAUGCCUCUGAUCUGCUGUCUGGGAAUUGUUGGAAACGGACUCAGUUUGUGCGUCUUGACGCGGAGGGAAAUAGCAGCAGCCACAACGUGUUUCCUGACUGCCAUGGCAGUGUCUGACCUGCUGCUGCUGCUUCUGCAGGUGCCCACCUUCUUCGAGCUCAACGCCAGCAUAGCCAGAUCUGACUCCUUUAAGAUUUUCAUACGGUUUUACACUGUCAUACGAUACGUCAUGAACAAUGUCUUCAUCACAUGCACUGGAUGGCUGACUGUUGCCGUCACUACUGAACGGUUCAUCUCCUUGCGCUUCAUGUUCCACCCUCGUCUUGUGUGCACAAUCCCCCGCGCCAGGCUGGCCAUCAUCGUCAUCUUCAUCCUAUCCUUCACCUUCCACUUUUCUAAAUUUUUUGAGUAUGUGCCGAACCCAGACCUCAAGUCCCCAGCAGCGCUGCUGACCACUGGCCUCGUCCACACACCGACCUACGAGACAUAUGUUCACAUAGCUAACAUAGCUCUGGCUGCCAUCAUCCCCGUCUUCCUGCUGAUUGUUGCCAACUCUUUUUUAAUCUACUUCCUGGCAACGCAUCGACGACGCAUGCUCCGCCAUAAAGCUUCUGCUUCCGCCAACAUGUCUUCUGUGGACAUGCUACAUAUCAGCGCCAUAGUUGUGGCUACAGUACUAGUCUUCAUCGCCUGUCACUCGGUUGGUGUGCUCUUAGCUUUGACAAUCGCAUCCAAAGGGCGUCGCUGGGUCUUCAUCCGACCUCCUUACAUUGCUCUGAAACACAUCAACACUGUGCUUGUGAUGAUCAACUCCAGCGUCAACUUUCUAUUAUACUGUGCCAUCAGCCGCAAAUUUCGGAAGACCUUCAUCAAUAUGUUCAGCAAACGACUCCAUCGCAGAGACACCUGGACAUCAGCAAUGCCGCUCAGCGAGAACAGCACGGGGAAUACAGGCACACUACCACGAGCUACCAAUGGCAAAGUCUAUACGUCCUCAUCGAUGUCGUCGAAUGGAUCAGCGCACAGUGGUUACGGUCCUACCAGGGCUGAUGUCUGA